UAUGACAAUGUUUUUCGAAGCCGAAGCAGAAAUAAUAUUUUAUAGACAGUAAGCAUAAUUAUUAUUUGGGUGCGGUAUCAAUUAACCAUAUUUAUGCACGGAAAUUUAACAACCUGCUGAAAUCCACCUGCACAUAUGUAUGUUAAUUAGUAAAAUACUGAAAAUACUAACUGUCUACAUACGCACACUAUAUUGAGCCAUUAGAAAACUAAAAUGUUGCACUGUAGCGAGUUCGAUUAUGAAAAUGAAAACUUUGCAAACACUACAGCUUUCGAUGUUGAUAUUGAAUUGCUCGACGAUAAGGGUACUGCUGAAUCUGUCGAAAAACCUACUAUUAUUAGAAGAAGUAAGGGCCGCCCACCUAAACGUUACGAUUUCCAAUUCAAAUGCGAACAAUGUGACUUUGUUAGCGCCUAUGCAAAGUAUUUUCGUACUCAUAUGUCUCAAACACAUAAAGAUGAAUCAAUGCGUAUAUUCAAAUGUACACAAUGCCCUGAAGCAUAUGUGGAGGAGCGUUUUCUACAAGAGCAUGUGAAAUAUUUACACGAUUGUGUGCCACGUCAACCGAAGUUCAUCUGCGCCAAGUGUGGUAAAGGAUUUCCAAAACAAUCACAUCUCACGCGACAUUCCUAUGUUCAUGAUCCAGCGAAGAAACCUUUUCUAUGCGAUCGCUGUUCUAAGCGGUUCACAAGCCAGUCCACGUUAGAUCGUCACAUUGAAGCGAAACAUAUUGAGCAGAAAGCGCAUACUUGUGCAGAUUGCGGAAAGGCUUUUGGUCAUAUUUACGGCCUAAAAGCACACAGAAUGCGUUUGCACAAAAUGAAGGUUGAAUAGUUGCAUUUUACUUUAUUUAUUUUCAAAUCAAUUCAUAUUUGCUGUUUCAAAUAUAUAAAAGACUUAAGACAGAAACUUGCACAAAGUUUUGUGCUUAAUUUAAAAAGUUUAUAUUUUUCAUAGUAUUAAAAA